AUGGCCAGCACUCUGUUCAUGAUCCUUGGCUCGCCACCGGGAUCCUCUUCCUUCAGGGUGAUGGUACCUUACCUUCGCCCUCACUCCAGAGGCACAAUCACUCAAAAACAAUCCACCACCACCAGAUCCCCCCUGACUCAUCUUCACAUGACGACAUCCAAAGACACAAAUAUUGAUACAGACGAAGAAAAGUCGUCGUCUUCCUUGGGCAUUGACAUUGGUCGACAAUUGGAUUUCUUGGGCACGGACGCGGAACGCGAAUCGCUCAAGGCCGAACUGGCAGCCAUUAUCAAUACGACCGUGGCCAACGGGUUGGUCGAUUUGACCAAACUGAAAGAAAAGUGGCACCGCGAUUUGGAAACGGGCGAAGCAUUGUCCCGAGUGGAACAAGCCAUGAACAAGAACGGUGCCACACAGACCAAAUUGUUGCAGUAUCGCGUGGACAAGUUGAUUGAUGAAUUUUUGGACGACACACUGGCGUCUCGUUCCAAAACCCAUUUGCUGGCGUAUGAAGAUGCCGCCCGAUUACGCAAACUUGAGGCAGAAGCAAACGCUAAACAAGCCCGUGCCAAGAAUGGUCCCAAGGUAGAAUCCUGGAGCAAAACCAAUGAUGCCUGGGAUCGAGAGUGGGAUGACUGGUAA